UAACUUCACUCACCUCAACUCACUACUUUCUCAGUUUCUUUCUCCCACUCCCACACUCUCUCUUCUCUUUCAGUAAUGGGGGUUCCCAAACUUUACCCUCUCUGCACCCUUUCCCGCAUCUUCUUCCUCUCCGCCAUCGCCUUAGCCCACAUUUCUUCUGCUACCACGACGGAUGUUGAGCUUCUCAUAGGCAAGAUCAAACCUUUGCUCCAAGGUAACAACAAUGAAAACCUCUUGCUUUCAUCUUGGAACACCACCACGGUCCCGCUCUGUCAAUGGCGAGGUCUCAAAUGGGUUUUCUCCAAUGGCUCUCCGCUCUCUUGCUCAGAGGACCUCUCAGCUCCACAGUGGUCCAAUCUUUCCCUCUUCAAAGACCCUUCUCUCCACCUUUACUCCCUACAGCUCCCUUCAGCUAACCUCACUGGUUCACUCCCCAGAGAGCUUGGUGAGUUCUCAAUGCUUCAGGGUUUGUUUCUUAACUUCAACUCGCUCACUGGAACCAUCCCUCUCGAGCUCGGUUACAGCUCUUCACUCUCUCAUAUUGAUUUGGGUGGCAAUUUGUUGACUGGGUCUUUAGCUCCUUCAAUUUGGAACUUGUGUGAGAAAUUAGUGAUAAUUAGGGUUCAUGGCAAUUCGUUAUCUGGGUUGGUUCCAGACCCUGCUUCAUUAUUGCCGAAUUCCACUUGCGAGAAGCUGGAGGUGCUUGAUUUUGGUAGCAAUAGGUUUUCAGGGAAGUUCCCUGAAUUUGUGACCAAGUUUGGAGGGUUGAAGGAGCUUGAUCUUUCGAGUAAUGCAUUUGAAGGGCAGAUUCCUCAGGGCUUACAACACCUGGAAAAGUUGAAUCUUUCGCACAAUAACUUCAGUGGGAUGUUGCCUGCUACUUUUGAGGGCUCCAAGUUUGGGGUGGAGGCUUUUGAAGGGAACAGCCCUACACUUUGUGGGUAUCCCUUGAAAAGUUGCAGUGGAACUGCAACUUCUGGGGGUUUGAGCCCUGGCACCAUUGCUGGGAUCGUGAUCGGGUUGAUGACUGGAGUGGUGGUGUUGGCUUCACUGUUGAUUGGUUAUGUGCAGAACAAGAAGAGGAAAGGUAGGGGAGAUAGUGAGGAUGAACUGGAGGAAGGAGAAGAUGAUGAGGAAAAUGGUGGCGGCGGUGGUGGUGGAGAAGGGAAGCUGGUGUUGUUCCAAGGUGGCGAGCAUUUGACGCUCGACGAUGUGUUGAAUGCCACGGGACAAGUUAUGGAGAAGACAAGCUACGGGACCAUUUACAAGGCAAAGUUAAGUGAUGGAAGCACGAUUGCUCUGAGGCUUUUAAGAGAAGGGAGUUGUAAGGAUGGAAGUUCUUGUUCAUCUGUGAUCAAACAACUAGGGAAGAUAAGGAAUGAGAAUUUGAUUCCCUUGAGAGCUUUCUACCAAGGGAAAAGAGGUGAAAAGCUGCUUAUCUACGACUAUCUUCCACACCGUAAUCUCCACGAUCUCUUACAUGAGACUAAAGUGGGGAAGCCAAUGCUGAACUGGACCAAGCGACACAAGAUAGCGUUAUGCAUUGCCAGGGGACUGGCAUACCUUCAUACGGGUCUCGAGACGCCUAUUACCCAUGGCAACGUGAGGUCCAAAAACGUGCUGGUCGACGAUUUCUCUGUCGCUAGGCUCACCGAGUUUGGGCUCGACAAGCUGAUGGUCCCAACUGUAGCUGACGAGAUCGUAGCCCAAGCGAAAAUAGAUGGUUACAAAGCGCCGGAGCUUCAGAGGUCGAAGAAGUGCAAUUCCAGGACGGAUGUAUAUGCAUUCGGCAUACUUCUGCUGGAGAUCUUGAUUGGCAAGAAACCAGGGAAAAAUGGCAAGGACAGUGACUUUGUGGACCUUCCAUCGACGGUGAAGGAGGCAGUGCUGGAGGAAACAACGAUGGAAGUUUUCGAUAUCGACAUCCUGAAGGGUCUCAGAAAUCCCAUGGAGGAAGGUCUGCUGCAGGCGUUGAAGCUUGCAAUGGGGUGCUGCGCUCCAGUUCCUUCUGUCAGGCCAACCAUGGAUGAAGUGGUGAAGCAAUUGGAGGAGAACAGGCCUAGAAACCGAUCUGCCCUUUACAGCCCAUCUGAAACUAGGAGUGAAAUUGGUACACCAUUUUGAAGUGUUUUUUUGUUUUGUUUUGUUUUUGAAGUAUUUGUAUUGGUUCCUUUUCCAUUUGCAGUAGAUCAGUUCAUUGGACUGGUUUUCUUGUUUACUGAGAGUAGUUUGGCAAAUGGUUAUGACUUUGUAUUGUGGUUUUAAAUCUUCAUGUUAAUCUUAAUCAUUAAGGCUGUAGUUGAUACUCUUUUACAUGAUCAUCC